AUGGGAGUCAAUAGUUUACCUAGGGAGUUACGCAUCAGUGUGGAUUUUGAUGAUCAAGGACAAGCAAUUGGUGAAGCACAAGCCUUGCUUGCAGGAUUUCUUGGAACAUUGGCAGCUGAUUGCAAGUUAUUUCCUAUGGAUUAUGAUAGGUGGAUUAAUGAAGCUAGUGCAAAACGAUAUUGCAAAAUGAAUAUAGGAAGGAAAUGGGUUGCAAAUAGGCAAAGCUUAUGUAAUGAAUUCAAUGAUCCAACCAAAACAAGAGAUGAAAUCAUAAGAAUUGUGCCGAUAGGCAUAGAUAAAGAUCAACAGGCUCGUUUUGUUCAUUAUCGUCAAAAACCAUCAACAUUGGAACUUUGUAGGAGAAAUAAAGAAAUUCAAAGCAAGCAAGUUAUUCCACACACUAGUGGCUCCAAAGUUAAUCCUAGAAGAAGAAAUGAGUUGGAACAAAUUGAAGUAGGUUUGAAUCAAAGCACAGUUGAUGAAUCUGAAGUUUCUCCUUUAGAUGUUGUUGGUAGAUUGCUAGGACCAGAGCACUCUGAGAGAGUACGAUACAUGGGAUUGGGUGUUGUUCCUUCUAAUACAUUUAGGAAUAUAAGACUUUGUAUUUCUAGCUUGAGCUCUUCUUCAUCUGGUGUUGCCUUUCCAUCUUCAAACCAAUGGCAAGAGAAAUACAACAAUUUAGAAUCAACUUUUAAGGCCUACAUUUUAAUGAAGGAAGGAAGGAUCCUUGAAGAAUUAACUAGUUAUUUCACUCCUGAAACACAUCCAAACGAUGCUUCAAGUGUUCCUAAUCCACCUUUGGAUGCAAGAGGAUCAUCUGGUGCUAGCAACCCUUAG